ACAUGAACGUGGGAUGGGCCCUUCCUCUUUCUGGUUAGUCUAGCGGCCGAGGCGAUCAUCUCACGUCACCGAGCAACCAUGCUUAAGCUAUGUGUAUCUACGCAACUCUGCUACCUACAUAAGUAGAUCUUGUGUCUUUAUAUAUUUUGUUUUUUUUAAGAAUAUAUACUUUAUCUAAUUGUUUGUGUAAUUCAUCCAUCUUUAGUCACCGGUACAUUCUCCCCAGCUUUUGGCAAUGGAGUCUAAGAGGGAGUUCGACCUGAUCCUUCUAGGCCCGACUGGCUACACGGGUAGACUCUGUGCAGAGCACAUUGUUAAGAACUUUCCUACGGGCUUAAAAUGGGCUCUAGCAGGGCGUUCGCUCCAGAAGGUUGAGAAUGUUGCCAAAGAUCUGAAGAAUCUGAACCCCGAUCGCGCCGAACCAGAGGUUCUGGCUGUCCAGCUCAAUCGGGAGGAAUUGAACUCAUUGGCUCAGAAAUGCCGUGUACUUCUCAACUGCGUUGGGCCAUAUCACCUGUAUUCUACUCCUGUAGUCGAAGCUUGCGCUAGCAACGGAACACAUUAUCUUGAUGUCACUGGAGAAACGCCCUGGAUCAAGAGUAUCAUCGAAAAAUAUCAUGAAACUGCCAAGUCAAAUGGUGCUAUAAUAAUCCCCUCUGUUGGUGUCGAGAGUGCUCCUGCAGAUAUGUUGACUUGGGCCCUUGUUAAGCGUAUACGUGAGGAACUUUCCUGCGAUACCAAGGAAGUUACAUGCGCAAUUGAUGAACUGAAGUCCUCCGGGGCAAGUGGUGGUACUCUCGCCACAGUCAUGACUAUGUUUGAUACCCUCUCAUUGCUCGAUAUACUCAAAGCAGCAGACCCGUUUGCGCUGGCCGCAUCUUCACCACCCAAGUCUAUCCCCAGCGAACCACUCGCGGCAAAGGUGUUCGGCGUCCGCUCAGUCCGUGAUAUGGGCACUCUCACCACCGCUCCAACAGCGAUCGCCGACAUCACUAUCGUGCAUCGGAGUAGUACGCUGAUGCCAGAGUUCUACGGGCGUCGGUUCCAUUUCAGACAGUUCCUUAGGGUGAGGAACGCGCUCAUUGGUGUUGCACUUCAUUUUGCUUUCGUCACCGGCUUGUUACUUUUGCUCCUGCCGCCAGUUCGGUGGCUCUUGCAGAAAUAUAUAUACGCGCCUGGUAGUGGUCCCCGCAUGGAGGACUCAGUCAAUGAUCGGCUGGUAUACCGUGCCGUGGCGACAGCUGAUCAAAACACGCCGGAUCCUAAGCGUGCACUUGGCAAGCUGAAAUACGAUGGAACGAUGUAUGUUUUCACAGGACUCUUGCUGGCAGAGGCAGCCAUGACUAUUCUGGAGAAUGAAGAAAAAGUGAAGAAAGUCUCUCGUUGUGGCCUUGUAACUCCAGCUACCUUGGGCCAGGAAUUCAUUGACCGUUUGGAGAAGGUUGGAUGUCAAAUUGAGACCGAAGUGUUCAAAUACUGAUGACUAUCUGCAACUAUGCGAUGUUGAACUUACGUUUUAAUGCCUUGGAGGAUUAGGCUUUUUUGUCUAACGUGCUUCCAUGCAUUAUCGUGCUGUACCAGUCGAAUUAAUGUAGUCCAUACACAUAAUGAAACAUCGAAAAUCCAUACAAUUU